AUGUCUGUAUUGUAUCAUGUUAAAGGGACCGAGCAGAUGGAUGUCCUCACGGGCCUGCUCAAGACUUUUUCAGAUAGUAUUGCUCUUUCUGCUGGGGAGAUCACCAGGUCCGCAUAUAGUGGCUCUACUGCUGGUUCGCCGCCCGAUGGAGACCUACAGUCGUAUAGGGGUAUUGGAGCGAUGGCUGCGCAGGGGCAGGUCGCAGUACUGAGGGCUAUGCGUGACCGACAAGCAUCGUCAUCAAGUGGACUCCCUAUUGGUAUCUCAAUGGAACAGCUGAGUAUGCUUGCUGGUCACCUUACUACAGUAUUGUCCACAAUACCAGCACUGGCGCACACUGAGAAGAUCUCAGCAACGGUGGUCUUAGACGCCUUGGACCUAAUCUCGCAGUGUGUUCCGUUGACUGAGACUAUCAUUGAUCUGGUGGAGGGACUCAGCGAUGAGUCUGCUAGUAUAUGGCAUGCUGUGAAGAAGUGUGCUGUGAAUUUGUCGAACAUUCUCGUCUUUGGCAAAGUCGAUUUGGCGAGAAUUUUGAGCGGAGCGACGCAGGCGUGUAUGGCGAAAGCUGUCGAAUUUCUCGCCCUUGCACACUACAGAGCAGUGACAUUCAUAAUCGCCAAUAAUGAAUCAGCUGCUGCUGCUGCUGCGGUUAAGGGGAGUGAUCGAAAGCCUUCUUGGAACUGGAUGCACUGUGACUUUCCUGGUUGCCCUGGCAGGUUGGUCGGAAGCUUCAUGUUCCUUUUCUCCCAACACAAGGGCCCUCGUGGUGGUAUGGACGACGCCGUGAGCUAUAAAUGGGAUCUACUGGGUCUGUUCAAGAGGUUCCUGCUCCUACACGGACAGAACUGUGUGGGUGAACUGAGCGAUAAUCUGGAUGAUAUACUCGAUGAAAAAGGGUUGAUGGGGAUAACCACGGGGGUAUCUCAGGACGUAUGUGACAUGUCCGCUAGGGAUUACCUGAGAGCUAUGAUACUAUCAGUUCAGUCGGAUGUAUUACUAGUCCUGCGGUCUAGGUUGUCUAUACAGCAGACGGCCAAGGCGGUUAACCUCUUCUGUGGUUAUCUAUUGGAUGAUACUCGGUCCUUCGCUAGCCGGACUGCUUCGAUAAGUCUAUUGCUUAGUCUGGCCGAUCAGCUCAUUAACAAGCCCAGUAAUGACUCUAAACAGUCUGAGCAGUCGAGUAACGGAUCACAGCAAGGAACCCCCACAGCAGCCGCUGCCUCGGCGCCUGAUCGACGCGGCAAGCCCUUCACUGAUAUAUUGAUGCAACUGUCUAUUACGGUUACAGUCAGCUUUGAGAGACUCACUGGUGAAAUCGCUCAGCUGAUCGAUGCGAUGGUCUUGGCUGGGGAAGGCAUUUACCUUGUGGAUGAGGAGAAUGUUGCGAGGAGGUCUGAGAUUCCCCCGAUACUUGAGCGCUGGGCGGAAAGAGCGCGGCAUACAGUGAACAGUGUAUGGGCUAUCUCUAAGGUGACACGGCUGAUGGCUCCGCAAUGUGAUUGGUCGACCUGUGCUCUUCCGAAAGAAGAGAUUGCGGUUGCCAUGAAUGUAGGGUGUAGUACUACUGGGCCGCUGCCUGUGAUUCCUUUGACUACGAUAGUCACAGGUGUUGGCCAGCUGCGUGAGUUGGCUAGAGCUCUUAUCAGUCUGUCUAAGCCGAUUCAGUGGUCGCUAGCUAAUAAGUGUUCCCCUAGUAUAGCGAGGUCGAGAGAGUGUCUCGACCUGUUGGAUAGAUACCUGGUUGGCGGUAUGAAAAUGUGCCAUUUGGUGGCGGUCGCGACUUCAGUGCAGCACUUGGCAACAUCGAUGAGUUUGCAUAGGAGGAAGCCAGGUGCUGAUAGUCUACUGAAGAUGGGAGAUGAGAAGGUCUUUACAGCGGAGGGAAUGUUUGGUAUGAUGGUACAAAGCAGCAACGCGGAGGAGCAGUCACUUCUGGAUGCAUUUGGUGGUGUUUUCCAACACCUUAGUGAGGCAUCCUUCACCGACCUGUUUGCCUUCCGAUUCAGCUGGCUCCUUAGGGUGGUUUCUGUGAACAACAUUGCAUUGGUCCUCACUCAGCAAUUUAUGUCGCAGGCUCAUACAAGCCCUGCUUUUACUGAGAUACUCGUGGCCUUAUCAGUGCAUCGCAUCGAAGACAUAUUCGCCUCUAAUGACAAGGAGCCGGAGGCGGCUGUGAAGAGAGGAGUGCCUCGGCGGUGGUUCAACCCUAAAUAUCAAGUGGUUGACAGAGCCAUCGACAAUCAGGAUGGCUCGGUGGUUGCCAGACCUGAUGGGCCUGUUGGACAGACGAGGCUGGACCGGUUUGUGGCCUCCCAGGAGCCCUUUGGGGGCCUUCUGGGUGGUGAUGUUGUCUCACAACCAUGCGAGUUGGCCUAUCAGGGUGGUAAUGAUCCUGACGACCCCUACAUCCAAUGUGUGAAGUUUUAUGGUAUGAGGGAGAACUGCGAUGGUAUGCCCAACGCCUGUGUCACUUUCGACAGUGGAAGUGUUCUGCUGAGACUUUAUAAGUGGGUUAUGAAGUGUGUCGCGCACUUCUCGGCUAGUGGUGGGCCGACCAUGGCACCACAGAUAGUAGAUGUGGUUACUGAGUGCCUUCAGCUAGCUCAGUCGACGUUGGCUGGCGAACCCAAUAACGUCAUUGGGAUAGUCAAGACUGCUUUCCGAGCAAUCACUAAGGGAGGGAAUCUCUAUGACAUACCAGAAUUACAUGAGCUUGUUGAUCCUAUCAUCGACUAUGUCACUCAGCUCACGGCUAUUCCGGAGACCUCUCUACCUGAGUGGAGUCGGUCGGCCUUGCUGGAGAUCGCAUUGUCAAUACCAGUAGAUUUCAACGCGUAUUUGGUGCCGAGAUUGAACAAGCUCAUACCUAUAUUGACGAAGGCACUCGAGCAUGACUAUAAUCGACUGGAUGUUACGGGUUCGACCAAGUCACCACAUGGUCCUGAACUCACGGUCCAGGCAUUGACCUUCUUGGACCACUGCUUGGAGCUUCAUCACGACAUAUCUCAUCCAGCACUAAUAGCUGAGGCCAACCUCUCGACAAGCGCCUGGCGUGGUAUUGGGGGUCUGUCUCAAAGUUCGAUCCUUACGGCGCUUAUGAGGCUCACUGUCCCGCCCUCUGGUGAGGUGGUCCACACUCAGCAUCAUUCCCAGGCUAUGGCCAUCAGAGCAUUCAAGGCCUUUGGGAAGCUCGGUACACGCUCCCAUAUCCUUUCGCUUGCCGAUGCCGUUACGUCUGAAAUGCGUCCCCAAGUUCCCCUUGCUGAAGUCGAUGGAGAUGAGCCAGAUCUAGAACAGCACUUUGUUAUCCUAACUGGUCGAGGCGAUGGAGCAUCUGAGAUUUCGGUCCCGAUGGGAGGUGCUUAUGAAGUGGCUCUCGGCCUACUCCGGACUUACUCUGUGCAAGUUAAGAAGUGGAUGCGCAGUGAUGGAACUCCGCUGACUACUAUCUUCGAAGAGGCUGUCCCGCCUCCUAGACGCAAACUAACUUUGAUGGUUCUUCUAUGCCAGGCCAUGGCUGUGAACUUGGAUGUCUUCAAACCAGCCGGAACAGUUGUGCUGAGCGACCGACAAGUGACUCGAUGUAUGGAAGGCUUGGUGUUGAGCGUCGUCGUCUGCAACACAUGCUCACUAUCAGAGGAGACUCGUGAAUCGGCUGAGGUGUGUCUCCAAGCGGCUAUUACUGCGAUCACCGAUCGUGGAGUUCAGCAAGCGCGGCAGCUACUAUCUGCUCUCCUGGCUCUGGCUGAUAGCCAUCCCGCGUUCGACAAGAUCACGAAAGUUAUCUCGGGUUGCAUAUGGUCCAUCAUUGACCAUGAUGCCGCUAACAAGAGCAUGGUGUUAAAUACAUCGCUGGAUCGUAUAGUGAGCUGUAUGGCUUGCUCGAAGAAGUGCAUGGCUGGGAAGAUAGUGCUGAAAGCUUUGAAGGAAGUCAACGAAGGCAUCACUGAUGAUGUAGUUGUCAAGGCCAUGGAAGCGGCUUUGGAUCUGAACGCUAAUGCUGUCCGUGGUAUGGGAGGAUCUGUGGAAUGGUUGGAUGCACGAGAGCUCGGCGAGAGCAUAGUUGACGCCUGUCUCGAUCGAGUUGGGGAGGAGUCGGAAGCGUUGGUCGAAGUGAUGGUAUCGUCGCUAUUAACACCGUGCUCUGAAGACCCACUAGCCGAGGCUGCACUGGCCAAGUAUGCUGUCAAAGUGGGACGAGAUCUCUCCGAUGUCUUGGCUGGCAGUGACCGCCUCGCUGAGGUAUUCUCGGAUUCGCCGCAAGAUGAUGAACAGGCCAUCCUGCAGGGCCUCUGUGCUGUGUUAGCGUGUGAGAAGCCUCCCUUCGUGAAGAUGCUGAUGAAAUGGAUUCCCAGUAGUUUUCUGGAUGUCCUGAGGAAGCUGGACAAUGCUCACUUCCCUGCGACUAGUGGUCAGUUGGAAGGCGCUAUGGAGACUAAGGCACGUGCCACUCCGGUAUUCGACGAUCUUGAGCGGACUCAUGUUAUGGUCCUCGCCAUACGAGCUUCCAAGCUGUUAAUCGUCAAUGCAGGACUCAAAGAUUUUGUCAACCAUUCGGGAUUGUGCUCGUUGGAUUCCACUUUACAGAGCGCUGUCCCACUGGUCCCCGAGGCUUCCUCGAAAACGCAGUUCAGACCCCACAGAUGCUGCCUGAGGGAAUGGUUGGUUGUAUGGCUGCUACGUAGGUUGCUCGUUACAGAGCAUCCCAAUACCCCGGUCAUCGAUGCUGCCUUCUACGCCUUACGUGUGGUGUCGGAGCUUGCGUCAACUUCUCUGUCAACGCUUCUGUCGAGAUCAGUCUUGAACCCAUUCCUCCGGUCGCUGGUCGAUAUGCUCAAGGUCCAACUCCAGCAAAGAUGGAAAAAUCCGGCGAUGGUCACGAAGCAGUUCUGUCGUGUGGUAGCGGUGGUCAUGAACGGCCAAGAGGUGGACGCUCAGGUGUCUGCCUGGGCUCGUGAGACUCUGUUGGGUCGACUGGAUGUCAUAUGCGGUUCGAUCACUCGAACGGUUGGAGGGACUCUAGGCUCGGAUGCUUCGGCUGCACCUGGUGGAGGCACCUGGCUUUUUAGAGGGCCAUCUAUUACCGAGGCCACAGCGAACGCUGCGGCUGGGGGUACAUCGUUGGCGUGUCAGAGCGGGUUGUGCCGGGCUGAUUUGUUGGAGUGUGCUGUUCUACUUCAAGCGUUGUCGGUGGUUGUGAAUCCCAAGGACGAGGUUCAGGUCACAUCUACCAUAACAAAGAUCCUUCCUGUAGUCAUACGCCUCCUCAGUAGUGGGCUAGCUCAUAUGACCAAUCAGGAGUCUCUACUAUUCGAUCCAUUCAGCCAGGUGCUGUUGGAUCUGUUCAAUCACUGGGCUGGUCCUGCUUCACGGUACAUUGUACGUAUCAUACUCUCAUCCCAGUCCAGGACGGUGAGUCCUCAGCUAGUACCCGAAGACUCGCCAGGGGAGAAGCCGCUGAGCAGCAGUGCCAGUGCGCUCAUAUCCUAUAUAGAGGCAUUGCUUGCGAAGGCUUAUGCUAAACCGUUGAGGUGGGAGGCUUUGAUCGAGAAUCUAACGCUGUGUGUACCCUCUGUGGUCGCAUCGUCUUUGAUGAGCAGUGGUGUGCCACAAGGCUGCAGUACAACUAAGGCACUGACGCCUCUUCAACUAAGUGUGGCAACCUCUGCAGUGAAGUUGGCAGCUGGUUUGAGUUCAGCUAAAGAUGACUUUUUGGCCUCUAAUUAUAAAUGCGGUGACGGCUCCAGCUUGAUAAGCAUCCUGCUGAAUCUGGGUAGGAUUGGUGAUGCCAGGUCAGAGCAAACAGCUCACAUACCUUUCACUUCCACUCUGGUCAACUCCACUGUGACCAAGGAUCUUGUGGCCUGCUAUACAUCAUUUUUGGGCUCAUCGGGAGUGCCAAGAGGUGACCCGAUGAGGAUCGAUGUACAUCUACAGCUAUGCAGCUUACUGAGCAUACAGAGCAAGGUUUGGGAUACAAGUCCGCUGAGUUCGGCUUGGUGUGAUCCCACUGAGUGGUCGUUGGAGGAGAAGGUCAAGCUGGUGGAAGAAUGUCUGAGGUGUUUUGAGGAUGGCAACACUAGAGUCAACUACACACUCGAGCUUAUGAACUCUAUCAUAUCGUUGAUCACUGUGGACGUCCUGGAAGCUAUCGAUGUCGAGGAGCUCGUGACCAAGUUAUUCAAGGGAGACCAAACUCGGUCGGAAUCUUUGAAGAUGGCAGCCGUCAGAAUGGGCCUAUCCUUUCUGUCCCUUGCUGGCUCUUCGGGAUCCCAGUCAAUCAAUGUGGAGUCUUUGAGAACUACUUUGCUUAAGACCUGCCUCGACGAUCUCCAGAGCUCGAGGGCUGUCACUGCCGCUCAAUGGAGCUUCUCUGCUAUUAUAGAGUUGCUCGAUCAGUGUGAGCAGGCAGAGUCAGCUGUGGCUUGUCGUACUGUAUUCGAUGCCAUUCGCAACCACUUGCUCAACUCUACGGCUUCGUCAGAGAGUACAUUGAAAGCUCAAUUACCUCUACUGCUCAAUCAGCCUCUCGAUCGCUUCUUGAGGUCACUACCUCGAUUCCUGAGCAGUAGCGAAGAACCUCACUCUCCCGACUCGAAGGAUUUGCCAGCUGGUUGGCGAAAGGACGUCUUGGAAUUGGUCUCGGACGCUGAUAAUACAUCGGCAAGUUCGGUACUUGGUUGGAAAGCUGUCAUGGCCUGCAAGGAGCACUUCACAGAGUUCGCGCAGGAUCUGCUUCAACCCGGCUUAUGUGCAAUGUGGCGGUUUGGUUCUGUGCUGGAGUUCGAGCCAAAAAAACUCAGCGACCAUAGUCUAAAUUGUCGUCGUUUUUCGGUCGACAUCGCUGACUGCCUCCUGGGCAUGCUUAUCGAGACUGACAUGGCCAUAGGGGAUGACUCAGCCUUGUCCUAUCUGGCUGAGUUCUACUUCCAAAUGGCGAUCUCUACGGCUAACUCUACCUCUGCAUUUGAGGAUCCUCUCAGUGAGUACAGUAUUGCUAGGGCAUCCCCCGAUCACAUAGUCACUACCCAACGGAAGACUGGUAUGGUCAGUGCCUAUCCGGACUGUCCUCUAGGAGCGGUCUGUGAGAACCCCACUCAACCUGGUGGUAAUCCAGCAAUGCCACCAAUGACAUCAGCUCCUCAUCUACUUGGUACGGCCACGCAUUUGGGGGCAUCUACGAGUCAAAUCACCAACACGUGCGUCCAGAGAUUCGCAGAGAUCAAUGGUAGCCCCUUCAAGGUGGGAGGCGUGACUCUGGAUACGCCCAUGUCGAGGCUAGCCGCACAGACCCUCGUCAUGAAGACAUUCAACACUACAACUAACGGGGGUCCAGCUGAUGGUGGAUCGACCAAUGCUGCUGGAUUGAGUUACCGCGAGGAGCUCAAUCGCUACAAUAGGCUACUCAUCACCUCCAUCCGGCUUGUCAGCGUGAUGUCCCCUGGUGCCGCAAAGGAUUCUUCAAAGCUUGUCGACUUCUGCCACCAGUGCCUCAGCAUGGCUCUCAUUACCACUGAGAGGUCAAUAGCUACCGAGCUAGCUUCAUUCUUGCGGAUCAUCAUACCACGUAUGCCUUGUCCUCUGUCGCCUGAAGCUGUGCUAGAGCGAUGCAGAAGAGGAGAUGUGCCUCGUGGGAGUCCAAGUGCCGGUCACCAUUCAUACCAGAGCAUUGUGUUCGACGAGCAGAGCAUCGAUGCGGAGAGUCUGGUACUCUUCUAUAUGACGCUCGCUGAUGGUAUUGCUUCUGCACUCGCUGUCUUGGCCAAGCACAAGAGCAAAGGAGUUUCUGCUUACAAGCCUUCCUCUAUAUCUGGUUCUACAUCGCAGCGCUAUUGUGUCACUCCUACUGCUGGGAUGAAGGCGUUCGAGGCGCUCGUCACUUCGGUAGAGCCUGAGGUCGCCGCUGCCUGGCUUGAGUGCUUCCGGAAAGGACUUCGGCGGGCUGCUAAAGCAGGUGUCUUUGAACUGGUCACUGUCAUUGCUCCCAAGGCUAUUCAUCAACUCCUGUUACAAGAGGCGAAAGAUCGUCUCUCGGUACAACUCGGGGGGAUGAUGGUAAUGGAUGACAGUCCUGAUGACCUCGACAUGGGCAUUGACCCUUCUGAGUUGGUACACUCCUAUGCUGCGAGCCACAGCUACACUAUGCAAACCUAUGGCGUUCCUGCUGUCGUUCAUCCCUUGGUUGUUGUACCCUUGUUGGUCUUCUGCUCACAAUGCUUUAAGCGAUGUAUCAUGGGUGAGCCCUUCUCAACGGAGGAUCCCUUCGUCCUGUCUGACGAGGCCAGCUCUGAUGGGCUAUCUAAACUGGGCAAGUGGCUCCGGGAUACUCGUCCUGGUGCAUUUAUUGGUCUAUGGGAAACACAUCGAGAAGAGGCUGUUCUAGAGGACGGUUUGGAUUCUCUCCUAUGUAUUGCUAGAGCUGCCGAUGGCAUGCAAACUCUACGCUCGUGUGAUCAAGUGACAUCAGAGAGGCUCUAUAAUUUCAUCCCUCAAUCUGGUCUGCCAACACCUGCUACCACUGGUCUAGUCUCUGGCCGAAACGGCGAGCCUAGUGCUAGGGGCAUGUGGCCCUUGGCCUCAAGGUCACUACUUUAUAGGCUCAUUAUCACCGAACUUGUAUGCCCUCUGUGUGAGUAUUUGAGGCAUACUGUUGGACCGGGGGAUCUCGAAAUCGACGCCGCCGAGAUGGCAGUCUCAUGCCUCCUUAUUGGAUGCACUAGCUGCGACCAGGACGUACGGAAGAUCUGCGUUUUGAGCAUAUAUGAUAACUUUAUGCCGGAGGCGGCUAAGUCUCGAAUCGACGAUAGACUGGCAUGGGCGCUAUCUAGGAUCAAUUGGGAGUGCAUCAGUGACCGCUACUUCAUACCGGUGCUUCUCGACCUUGUCCUCAUCCCUUGCGACUUGUUGAAGCCGGAAGAUCCUGGUGACAGCGACUCUACCAUGUGGUCGUCAGAGGCUAUUGGAGAGGUGGUGAAGAAGAUGGAGGACCCUCGAGAGAGGCUGAUGCUUGUUCACGAGGCCUAUAAUGGUUCGGUGGACGUGGCCCAUGAGGUGUGGGUCCAGGUCUUUUCUCAACUGGCCUCAAACAGAGCGGUCCGAGCAUGCCAGUACUUGCUGAAGGAAGUCACGUUGAUUGGCCGUCAAAGUGCCCUCAACCCAAGCGUGCCUCAAACCCUCCUUGCCGGCCUAAAUGAAUGUGAGGGUUGCGAUGGGAUUGAUCCUAUCAUACUUGUACAGGGUGCCUGCGAUCACCGCUGCUGGUCUUUGGCAUCCGACGCACUGCAGCAGAUGGCCGUUGGCAAUGAUGAUGUUACCGCGAUGGAGGCUUGGUGGGCUAUCUUGGACCUAUGCCGUCUCACGGGAGAUCCAGAGACGGAGCUAUGGGCUCGCCGAGCAAUGGGUGUAGAAGACGCGGUGCUCCAGGCCGACACAUUGCUACUGCAAGGUCACUGGGUUGAUGCUCAGAGUAUGGUGGAAUCUUGGCUCUCUCAACAGCAGCAAUAUCCUGGCCAGACUCGAGUUGACGAUGAGACUGUGAAGGCUGCUACGACGGCUUGGGUGGCAUGCACAAGAGAGCUCAGCUGGAUACUGCGAGACUUGAUGGAUAGAUCCGAGGACGAUCCGGUCGUGGAUGCCUUCGUUAACUACGCUACUGAGGUCCCUUUGGCAGUGUGGCUGAGGUGGUUGCCCAUGCUACUGGAGUUACUCGUUCACGGCUCUGAAGCUGAGGCCGGGUGUUGUGCCAAGAAGCUGCUACUAGCUCUGGCGGAGGAGUACCCUCAGAGAGUCUACUAUCGUGCGGCAGCUUUAUCGGCCCAAACGGAGAAUCUGGAUGAUCCUAAGAGUGCCAGGGCCCAUGCCGUUUGUCAGGAGAUGAUCCAAACUGUUGAACGCAUCGCCCCUGAGUGCAUCGAGUUCUCAGAGGCUCUAUUGGAAUGCAUGGCUCCUCAUCCUGUGGAGCAGGCUGCUGCUGAGGCUGCCGAGGUGUUGUCUACUAUGAGGAGGCGUCCCACGAGCCCAUUGCCAUCGACUGAUAAGCUCGUGGCUUUGGCCAAGGCGGCUCGUGUAACGGUGGAGGGCACGGACUUGGCCACUUUCGAAAGGCUGGAAUCAUUCUGCACUGAGAUCUUGGCCAAAUGUGAUCAAUAUCAGCAAGAGGAUCGGCACUCUAUCUCUCAGUUUGAAGCACUGAGGACCUCUCAUCUUCGUCCCAAGCUGGAAGUCCCAUGGCUAACAAUGUGCCAGAAUAGAGCCCUUCUGUCUGGUCCGGGCAUGGCCCUCACGGAAAGCCGUGCUUUUUUAUCAAUGAGUGGGGUGCUGCGGAAUGUGGAAUAUGUAACCCCUGCCGGGUCUGGCAGAAGCCCACUGAGCCCUAAGGUUGGCCAGAUCACUAUAAUUGCCAGUAAUGGGCGUCGAUAUUACUGGCUUGCUAGAACGGAUCGUCGCGGCGGCGGUGGCGGCGGCGGUCAGGAUUCUCUUGCGCCCAGGCUGAGUGGCGGGCCGGGACAGUUCGUGGGAGCUCUUAAUGGCUUCUUACAGAAGUCCAAUAACCCGAAGGUUUAUAGCCCCAAGUUGGCCCGACUCCACUGUGUGGAUGUUAUACCACUUCCAUCGAAGGACUGCUGGUUGGAAGAGUCAACUUGUGCAACGGGGUGGUACACUAGUAUACAGCAGAGCCUUGUGGAGAUCGUAGACAUCGAUAGCCUCAUCGCCCAGUGUAGUCGGAGGGACUCCAGUACCAUGCAAGGGGCAAGGUCCUACACCCUCAUAACCUCACAGAGCAGCGUGGCUCCCUCUGAGCUCCCUGCUAUACCGGCUACAGUAUUGAGGGAGUGUAUUGUCCGUGGUUGUCGAGCAGCAUACGGUCUGGCUGGUGGUGCUAGCCAUGCGGCGGCAUCCAGGUUAUCAGCGGAGCUGGCCAGCCAACUUGGCCUGGUAUCCGUUAUUGGCUUCAUAUUGGGGACUGACCCCAUGCGUUGCCAUCCGGACGGAUGUGUCUUUUCCACUACUCUACCGGGGUCGAUGCCAGUGUCCUCUGUGAAGAGCUGGGAGAUAGGCAGCGGGCUGCACCCCAUACCUUUCCGCUUCACUCGAGGUCUUUGUGAGCUCCUAGGGGAUCGCAACUGGUCCAUUGUGAUGCCGGCUGUUAUGGUUGCCAUGGCCGAAGCCUUAGUAGACUAUAAGCAGGUAUUCCUCGAUUUGGUCCGGCUAGAGCUACGCUCACAGUUGACAAGCACCUCAGCUUCGCCUCGUUCCCUCUCUAAUACUGACCUCACGAACGAGAUCGAACGUCGUAUCGGCCUUGUUGGACAGAGGCUGGACUUCAUCGCUCAACCAGGUGGUGAUAUUAGAACCUAUGCUCACCAUGUGACAGAGCUCAUCGAGAGGGCACGCAGUGGUGAUGACAUUGCCGCUGUCGCUAGCUACGACUGGCUGCCUUGGUUAUGA